AUGAAGCUGUUCAGCCUGAGCGUCCUGUACAAAGGCGACCCCAAGGCCGUGCUGCUCAGCGCCGCCUACGACGUGUCGUCCUUCAGCUUCUUCCAGAGGACCAGUGUUCAGGAAUUCAUGACCUUCACCAGCCAGCUGAUUGUGGAGCGCUCGGCCAAAGGCAACAGAGCUUCCGUCAAGGAGCAAGAAUACCUGUGCCACGUCUACGUGCGGAACGACAGCCUUGCGGGCGUGGUCAUUGCUGACAGCGAGUACCCGUCCCGGGUGGCUUUCACCUUGCUGGAGAAGGUGCUGGACGAUUUCUCCAAGCAGGUGGAGAGGAUCCACUGGCCAGUCGGAUCUUCUGCUAACAUCCACUACACAGCCCUGGAUGGCUACCUUAGUACCUACCAGAAUCCCCGAGAAGCUGACCCCAUGAGUAAAGUGCAGGCUGAACUUGAUGAGACCAAGAUCAUUCUGCACAACACCAUGGAGUCCCUGUUAGAGCGAGGCGAGAAGAUCGACGACCUGGUGUCCAAAUCCGAAGUGCUGGGAAUUCACUCUAAAGCCUUCUACAAAACCGCCCGGAAGCAAAACUCGUGCUGUGCAGUCAUGUGA